AUGGCCACUCCUGCCAAGGCCACCCUCCCCCUCUGCUUCUGGCUGCCCCUGUCUGGCAGCAGGGAGGAUGCGCUGCACUUGGUCCAGUACAAGAGCACCACCAAGGCGAUCCUGGCCUGCACUCAGCACUUUUCGGAGCAUGAUGGCAUCCACAGCAGCAGGUCCAUCACCGACUGGCCCUCCCACUUCAUCUACUACCUCAAGCACAUAUUCCCUAAUGGCACCAGGGGCAUCCUGGCCUCCUACACCCUGGAUGAUGACACCCACUUCUCAGCCAUGGACCACGUGUGGGUGGUGGACAUAGUGCUGGACGCCCUGGCCGGCAUCCACGACUGCUCCAAGGAGGAGCUCUGGGCCCUGUGCCCUUACUCUUUUGUCAAAAACUGGGGCCAUGACCCCCACUCCAUGGGUGGCUUCACCUUCUUCACCCCCUUUCAAUUAGUGGAGUAUGCCAAGGACCUCAGCCAGCCAGAAGGGUGGGUGUACUUCGACGGGGAGCACAUGGCCCUGCCCCAAGGCUGGAUUGACAUGGCCAUCAAGUCCAGUCUCAGGGCAGCCAAAAGCAUCCAUUCGGCUGCGGGUCUGGUUGAGGGACAGGAACCCGGGAUGUGA